AUGAGCAUCACUCACCUCAUUCUCGUUGCUUUCAAGCCCGAAGCCGAAGCCGAGGCCGUCAGAAAGGUCUGCUCAGGCGUUCUGGCUCUCAAAGACAACUGCCUCACUGCAGACACUAAAACUCCCUACAUCAAGUCUAUAACUGGUGGAAUCAACAGCUCUCCCGAGGGAUUCACUAAUGGUUAUACUUAUGCUUUUGUUGUCGAAUUCAACUCUACCGAGGAUAGAGACUACUACGUCAAGCAGGACACUGCUCACCGAAGCUUGGUGGACGGCGCGCUGCCUUAUAUCCAGCAGCUUUGCAUUGUGGAUUACACGCCUGGCGUGUUCUAG